GGUUUUAUAAAUUCUAACAAUCAUCAUAAAUCUAACACUAGAGUAGUUUCGAAAUGUUCUUAAACAGUUGGAUACUACAGAAUCAUCAUAAUACGUUUGUUCAUGAGAAUUGCAGGGUCCUUUUGGCUCUUACUUAAAGACACGUGACCAACAAGAUAGGUCUAAACUUUUGAAAUAACUGACAUGUGUAACAUCACCUUGGCCAGGUGUUGAAUUUCAAGAACAUGGGCGUGAUGGUAUAUAUAUAACUUUAGUUUUGAUGGAGACAAAAGAGAAGAUAGAGAGCGUUAAAAAUGUCUGGAGCGCAAGGAGCAGAGCCGAUGGGAUCAAAGACGGCGACGACGUACGAGUCGGUGGAAGGAGGACAGAACAAGACAAAGCUUGAUAUAAGGUCAAAGGAAGACGAAGGUGGAAUUCAAGUUGAUAAGCACCAAGAGAAGGUCACCGAUGCUGCUGGUCUAGGCGGACCUGUCUUUGGCGCUGGUAAAGACGACAAGAAGCAGGAUCUUGGUGUUACCGGCACUGGCUAGGUCUGUACGUGGUUUUGUAAUGUAGAAUAUGAAUGCGUAUACGUGGGGGGUCUCUUCUUGUCAUGUAAUCAAUCAAUAAAGUAAUAUCUCACUCUUGGUAUCAAAAAUAACAUUAAACUUGUACAUUAA